AUUCCGAGACGACUUCAUCGAAAAUUAUAAAAACUAUUUAAAAUCGCAGUGGUGGUUUUGGUCACACUUCGCCGGCGAUAUUUCCGAUCGCUCUCUCUCUCUCUCUCUCCAGUGAACUUUCGCGAUAACAAAGGGUUGCUCAACUCUUGUCACUGUUUCGCGAUUUCCAAGUUCUAAAAGAGUCGCCGCACGUGCUUCAACUCCAAUUUCGAUUCUGAAGGUCUGCAUUGCUGCUUCGAGGAUAGGCUUGAAGUGUUCAUUAGAAGUAAACCUCGGAGAACAAUUGAGAAACAUGUCUUUUCCAAAUCAAAGUUUUUGGAUGGGCAAGAGCUCUGAGAUUCCUAGUGAUGGGAAGACGGCUUCUUAUGAUAAUGCUUCUAAGCGUCCUCAUCAGUGGCUUUUGGAUGGCUCUGAGUCUGACUUGCUUCCUAACAAGAAACAUGCAAUGGAAGUUCCUACCAGCAACUUGUUCUCUGGAGUGAUCAACUCGAAUGUCCCUGCUUGGGGAAACAGCUUCUGUUUCCAGUCUAGUCCUCCUGGUCUGUUUACUGAAAGGUUGUUUGACAUUGAAACUACCAGAUCAGCAGAUAUUCAUGAUGGAAGCGCUCAUCCCAUUAACACUGAGCACUCUUUUGGUUUGUCAAUGGCACACACACUCGAGGAGGAUCCACAGAGUGGAGUUAGCUACGGUGGAAUCAGAAAAGUGAAAGUUAGCCAGGUGAAGGACUCUGAUAGUUUUGUAUCCACGACUAAUGCGUAUAGGGUUGAUGAGGACGCCAUGUGCAUGGGUCUUGCAUUUGGUAAAGAAGAGGAGAAUAUGAUCGCUGAAAGGUACGAGAGGGAGAACAGCGUCUUUAUGUCAAUGGGGCAACCAUAUAGUAAGGGAAAUGAUGAGAAUAUAUACAAUGAUAAUAACAGUUUUGCUUCUGAUCUUGCUUUCGACAAGGUUGACACUAAUUUAGUAUCCAUGGGUCAAGGUAGCAUAAGCACACUAGUAGGUAGGGAUGGUGUAUAUAACAGGAGCAGCAACGUUGUGCAAGAGUCUUGUAACAAGGGACUGAGUAGAAUCAUAUCUUUUGGUGGUUCCAAUGAUGUUGUUGAUGCUAAUAACUCUGGCUACGAGUUCUUGAUGUCUCACUCCACGCCUCAGUUAUCUGAAACUCCAACCAACGUGCUUGGUAAAGAUGCUACCUUCACUAGCAUUGAUGUCUCCGUGAAGAAAGAAGAAACAAAAGUGUCAAAGAAACUUCAGAGCAAUAGUUUUCCUUCUAAUGUAAGGAGUCUGCUCUCUACCGGUAUGCUUGAUGGAGUUCCAGUGAAAUACAUUGCUUGGUCACGUGAGAAGGAGCUUAAUGGUGUUAUCAAGGGCUCUGGGUAUCAAUGUGGAUGCGACUCGUGUAACUCCUCUAAGGUGGUGAAUGCAUAUGAGUUUGAACGGCACGCUGGUUGCAAGACAAAGCAUCCUAAUAACCAUAUAUACUUUGAGAAUGGUAAAACAAUAUACGGGAUAGUUCAAGAGCUCCGAAACACACCACAAGAUUUGCUGUUCAAUGUUAUCCCAACAAUGACUGGCUCGACCAUCAACCAAAAGUCUUUCCGUCUAUGGAAAGAAUCCUAUUUAGCUGCUACACGGGAACUUCGGCGUAUCUACGGGAAGGAAGAAGGAUACCUGCUCUGAACAGGCUUUGCAAGGUCUUGCACUCAUUGUUGGUAAAUUCAAAACCAAUGGAGAAUUAAUGUUUUUUUCCCCUUUCCAUUGGAUAAAUAAUAUGAGAACUGUUUCUAUUAUAUAUUUCACAUUCAUCAUAAACUAAAAAGAUGAAUGAAUAUAUAUGUAUAUAUUCACAACUAAUCAGCAUCAUCAUCAUCAUCCUAGAGAUGAAGUUAA